AUGCCAUCCUUGACUGCACAGGAUGGACGCUUGACAUUUUAUCCAGGAAAUCAGACUGUGGAUUUGCCUUUCAUAAAUUUUAUGAAAAGAUAUGGCACUGUCUUUCUCAAUGCCUAUACCAAUUCUCCAAUUUGUUGCCCUUCCCGUGCAGCUAUGUGGAGUGGUCUUUUCACUCAUUUAACAGAAUCUUGGAAUAACUUCAAAGGUCUAGAUCCAGAUUAUGUAACGUGGAUGGAUCUCAUGGAGAAGCAUGGCUACCACACACAGAAGUAUGGGAAAUUGGACUAUACUUCUGGACAUCAUUCAGUAAGUAACCGUGUGGAAGCCUGGACUAGGGAUGUUGACUUCCUUCUCCGGCAAGAAGGGAGACCCAUGGUGAAUCUUACUGGUGAUAGGAAGCAUGUGAGAGUGAUGGAAGCAGAUUGGCGGAAUACUGAUAAAGCAGUAAAUUGGAUAAAGGAAGAAGCCGUUAACCUUACUCAACCGUUUGUUCUUUACUUGGGACUAAAUUUACCACACCCAUAUCCAUCACCCUAUGCGGGAGAAAAUUUUGGAUCCUCUACGUUUUUAACAUCUCCCUAUUGGCUUGAAAAGGUAAAUUAUGAAGCUAUUAAAAUACCCAAGUGGUCUUCUCUUUCAGAGAUGCAUCCAGUAGACUAUUACUCAUCUUAUACCAAGAAUUGCACAGGAGAGUUUACAAAGCAAGAAGUGAGAAAUAUUAGAGCAUUUUAUUAUGCUAUGUGUGCGGAAACAGAUGCCAUGCUGGGUGAGAUUAUUUCAGCUCUGAGAGAUACUGGGCUUCUUAAAAAAACAAUCGUUAUAUUCACUGCAGAUCAUGGAGAACUUGCUAUGGAGCACCAGCAGUUCUAUAAAAUGAGCAUGUAUGAAGGAAGUUCCCAUGUUCCUCUUAUAGUUAUGGGGCCUGGCGUAAAAGAACAGCAGCAAGUACCAAAUGUGGUCUCUCUUGUGGAUGUAUAUCCUACUAUGCUUGAUAUAGCAAGAAUUCCUGUCCCACAGAACCUCAGUGGAUAUUCUCUUAUACCGCUGCUACAUGGAAAGGCUGAAAACGAAGUGUCACCCAGAGGGCCUCGGCCCUCCUGGGUGUUGAGCGAGUUCCACGGAUGCAAUGUGAAUUCUUCCACGUACAUGCUUCGAACUAGCAAAUGGAAAUACAUCGCGUACUCAGAUGGCCAUUCGGUACUUCCACAACUGUUUGACCUUACUGCCGACCCAGAUGAGCUAACAAACGUUGCCAUAAAAUUCCCAGUAAUUGUACAUUCCUUGGACAAAAUACUCCGCUCUAUAGUAAACUAUCCAAAGGUUUCUUCUUCUGUUCAGGAGUAUAACAAAAGACAGUUUCUCAGUUGGAAACAAAGUUUGGGUCAGAAUUACUCAAAUGUUAUUGCCAACCUUAGGUGGCAUCAAGACUGGUUAAAAGAACCAAAAAAAUACGAGAAUGCAAUUGACAAGUGGCUUAGUCAAAUGAAUCCUCAGGGUAUUGUGUCUGCUUUGCGGCUUUUGUGUUUUAAGAAGGACAUAAACAGACGAGAGCAUUUGGAGGAAAAUAAUAUAAGUGAGUGA